AUGUCCGAGAGACGAACCCGGUCCGGAGGGGCUGCCCAGUGCCCCGGACCCAGCGCCCCAACUCCCACUCGGUCUCUGCGGAGGUCCCAGCGGAAAUCAGGCUCUGAUCUCCCAAACACCCUCCCGGAAAUCUGGCCUAAGGCGCCUCAGGAGGUUGCAGUCAGAAAGCCCAUCGUCUUGAAGAAGAUCGUGGCGCAUACCGUAGAGAUCCCAUCCGUUAACACUCCUCGAAGAAGCCCCCGGAUUGCUUCUUUAUUGGAGAAAGAAAACAACCCUCCUAGCAAGAAGCUUACUAAGGAGGACCUCUUCCAGACCUGCAGUGUCCCUGUCACCGCCCCCUCCACUCCUGUGCUGUGCCCUGUGAAUGCUGAGUCCAACUCCUGGAAAGGAGACUUGGACGCCAGAGACUUGGAAAUGUCAAAGAAGGUCAGGCGCUCAUAUAGCCGCCUGGAGACUCUGGGCUCUGCGUCCACCUCCACCCCAGGCCGCCGGUCCUGCUUUGGCUUUGAGGGGCUGCUGGCGGCUGAAGACUUGGCUGGAGUCUCGCCUGUGGUGGAUUCAAAGUUGGCUGAGGUCCCCAGGGUCCCUGUGAAGCCCUGGGCCCCAGACACGACUCUCCCUGGAAUCUCCCCUCUGGUUGUGAAAGAGAAACGAAAGAAGAAGAAGGCGCCGGAGAUUUUGUGUCCCUGGGAUGGACAAACAGCCCACUCGGAGCCCAAGGAGAAGCCAGUGCUGCCACCUGCUGGGGAGCAGAAGACAGAAGACAGUCAGAUCUGCGGGGAGCCGGACAGAGAGCCAUCUUUCUUUUCAAAGAAUCUUUCAGAUUCUUCAGAGCAGAAGCUGGACGAGGAGCAGGAAGCCAGCGUUACGUUCCUGUUUACACUCCUGACCGCAACAGAGCCCGCCAGCGACCCUGCAGAGGACUUGGAAAUCCAGGAGUCCCAGUUCCUGGAUAAGGAAGACUGGGGCCCGCAGCGGACCUCAAAGGAAAUGAGCCAUUUGCAAAAUGUUUGCUUGAGGCUUCAGGAGUCAGUCAGCACUAUCCAAGCCGACAAUCUGGCUCUGGGGGAGAAGCUGCGAGACCUGCCUGACUCCUUGUAUAAAAGCCUGAAAGAGGAAGCGAGGGCCAUCCUGGGGGGAGAGAAGGCCGUCCAGGAGGAAGGAAAGGCCCUCCAGGAGGAGGCUAAGACCAUCCAGGAAGGAGCCCUGGCCGUCCAGGAGGGGGCGCUGUUCCGGGUACCAGGAGCUCCUCCCAGCUGUGGGUGGGGUGAGAGGACCAGUUUGCCAAGCGCCACUCAACCGGUUCCCCACUCUCUGCAGGAACCCAGCUCUCAGAUGGCAGGACUGGUCAUCCUGCAGCCUGACCCUGCCCUCAACAGCGGAAACACAUGUCAGCCCUAG